AUGCGACUCCACGAACUCCCAUCCUCUCUCUCCUCACUCCUCGCUACCAUCCUCCUCGCCCAACCCAUCGCCGCAUCCCUCAUUCCCGAGCUACUCCAGAGCUUCGAGAACCUUCAGAAUUUUCAAAAGCGAUGCCAGAACCCGUGCGGCUACUACGGACAACUAUGCUGCGAAUCGGGGGAAGUGUGCUACACCGACUCCAACAAUCAGGCCCAGUGCGGUGCCGGCACAGUCACGACCACCGCCGGUGACGGAUCAUGGCAAUACUACACCACGACCUAUGUCCAAACAGAUCUCAAGACCGUCACGGAAACGUUCAGUUCAUAUAUCCCCACCACCACCAAGAGUUGCUCAUACUCUCUGGGUGAAAGUGCUUGCGGCAAUGUCUGCUGUUUGUCUGGCCAAUAUUGCCAGUCCUCUGGAGUCUGUGUGGCGGUGGGAGGAGGAAGCUCGGGAUAUUACAGCAGCCUCUACACGGUCACCACCGUCGUCACCAAUACUGCCGGCGUACCCCUUCGACCCACGAGCAAUACACUGGUCACCGUGACUUCGGGCAGCGGCGCCACCACCACACAACCGUUUGUUACCCCAGUGGGGACGGGCGGAAGCAUCAUCACCGGGACGACUUCUGGUUCCAGCGGUGGACUGAGUGGAGGCGCCAUUGCUGGCAUCGUCAUCGGCGUGAUUGCAGGCAUCAUCCUUCUCCUCCUCCUCUGCGCCUGUCUGUGCUUCAAAGGCUUGAUCGACGGACUAUUGGCUAUCUUCGGACUGGGCCCACGACGCAGGCGACGAACAACCACAGAAGAAGAAGUGUACGUGCGACACCAUCGUGACGGGCGCGGAGGCAGAACGUGGUUUGGUCAGAGACCAGCCAGGAGUGAAGUGGUGGAGGAAAAGAAGAGGAAGAGCGGUCUCGGGACAGUUGGCUGGGUGGCUGCAGCUCUGGGUGGCCUGGCUUUGUUCCUGGGCCUGAAGAGACGUCGAAACCGGCGGGACGACAAGAGCAGCUCCGGUUAUGGCAGUUCUGCCUAUUAUUCGGAUUAUACCGUCUCCACGAAAGUUCCUCAGACCGAAGGACGAGGCGGAGUAGCCGAUCAAGAUCAAGAGCGAGACGAUGAGGCGGAUGCGGAUAUGAAUGUGGAUGGUUAA